AAAAUAUCGGAUAAAACAGAUAAAAAGCCAUAUUCCAUCAACAGUCCCAAUUCCGCCGAGAGGUAUAACGACAUUGCGAUCAUUAAGACGAUCCAACCCAUGCGGUUCUCAGAUCGAGUGUACCCGUUCUGCGUGUCGCCAGAUGAAGUCGCCCACAACACCCCGGUUACUGUGCAAGGCUACGGUUUAGUUAACGAAACAUCAAGAGCAUCGUAUCUACAAGAGGCCAAGUUGUUCAUCGUGGGCCAGGGAGAGUGUGAGAGAGCGUACGACAGGGAGGGAAGUCUGCAUCACCUGCGUCUGCGCUACCCAAACCUCCUGCAGCAUUCUGACGUCAUCUGCGCCGCUGCCCACAUGAGGGAUGCUUGCCGGGGCGACUCCGGUGGGCCUCUGUUCGCGCAGGACAGAGAGGGUCGCAGGUUCAUCGUGGGAAUAGUGAGCAGCGGGAAAGAAUGCGGCUCGAUUUUACCGGGAGCUUACAUCAGCGUUGCCAAGCACAUCAACUUUAUUGACUCAGUCAUGCAUGGUACAAGAAAUUAGACAAGUUUAUCACACAUGUAAAGAAGAAACUUUUUUGCCAUAUAGAAUUCAGACUCACUUUUUAAAAGUAAUCACACACAGACACACACACACACACACACACGCAAAAGGUCGUGUUUAAUGGUAUAUCUGAUUUCUGUUGUUACAACGCCUGUACUUGCAAUUCCAUAUUCGUUGCUUUGUAUGUUGAUUUAUAACAUUAAAAACUCAACUAUGAAAUACUAACAUUAUGUUAAAAAUUUACCGAACACUAUGAUCAAUAAACUUCUCGAACAGUG